GGUUUAUUGGGUUUCUGUUUCUCUUUGAGUCUUUAUAUUUCUUCAAAGUCUGUGUUCGUAAUUUGUCAAAAUGAUCGUAUUCUUGGACUAGAAAAUCCCAAAGUGAUCCUGAUUCGUCGUAGGUGAUCAACGUAUUCAUUGAGAAAGCUGAAGUUGUUUUAACAAGGUUUUAUAUCGACGCAGUCAAGUACAAAAACAAAAACAUACGGCUUUGGGCUAGUCGUGGUAAUACAGACUAGACAAGACCAGAUUGUCGAAGAAAUAAGAACUUUUAUCAUGUGAAGAAAAAUAUAUUAUUUACGUUGUCAUCUUUAAUGAUCGUUUAUGGUGGUUCGUUUAACGAAGUCGAAGUAAUUAACCCUGCCAAAUACCAUGGCUUCUGUUGAUCUGCAAGAAAAGGCAAAUUUCACAAGACUCAGUAGACUUUUGGUUGACAAAGGAACUGAGGCUUUGAGAAAUACAUUUGAUACCAUCCAUCCACCUGUUAGUCUACCUGGAGUACUGGCUGCAAACAAAACAUCUCUUCAAAAGUUAAAACCUCGAGUUAUUAAUAAUUCCCAGUGGGAUUUGCUGUUUCCUCCGUCUGGCAACCCAGAUUCCAAAACCUUUGAUGUCACAUUACUUACAGUUCUAUUUCGGAACAUUUGUGGUUUUCCAUCAACAGGAUGGGAUGUAAUGCCUCCGGAUACUGAUAGAUCAGAGCAAGCGAAUAUCGCAAGAACAAGUGUUACAGAAAUGAAGUUAUUGCACAUGUAACAUCCACUCGAGUUGACAAUUCAAAAUUUCAGUCUUUAUGGAAGAAAAUCUCCCAGGCGAUAGUAGAAUUGGGCGUUUCACAGAGUGAUGUAGACGAUUUAGAAAAAUGUCCUCUUGGGCCUAAAGAAGUAGUGUAUGUGCAAAAGCUGAAAGAUUGGAAACUACACGAAGAUGAGUGUAUUAAAUUGCUUAAAGCAAUUGAAGCUGGUAUAAAUAAUGUAACACAAGUCGCUGAAGAGACACGAGAUGCUGUAAAUGAAAUGCGUCAGUCAUUGGCCAAGCGUACGCUAUCAAUACCCGGGGACACCAUUCCUGAGAAAAGAUCCAGGAUGAAAAGUGAUGAAGAUUUAUUGCGAAAACUUGCUAAGCAUAAUUUUAUGGGAAAAAUACGAAGAAAAGUGAAUUUUUUCCUUCCUGGAACAAGAGAGUGGUUGUUAAAGAAAGUUAACAAGUGGUUUGAAAUGUGUGACAGCGAUUCAAGAAUAAAGUUAAUAACAGCUGGACCAGGAUUUGGUAAAAGCGUGUUUGCCGCUAAAAUCUGUAAAGAUUUUGAGAAGAAUGGAAAGCUGGCUGCUUGCCACUUUUGUGAUUUCAGUGAUUCAAACCUAAGAGAUCCUAUGGUGAUGCUGCAGUCUCUCGCAAGUCAGAUGUGUGAGAAGGUCCCUGGUUUUAAAGAGAAGCUUCUUGAUCAGUUGAAGCGACCUCAUCAAGUUCAAAAUCUGAAAGAUGCAUUUCGAAUAUAUUUGCAAAAUCCCUUAGAUGAAUUGGCAAUAAAAGAGCCACGUUUAGUCGUGAUCGAUGGCUUGGAUGAAAGUGCUGCAGAUAAUAAGAAUGAAAUUACGCAUUUGAUUGCUGAAUAUUUUCCUGAUCUUCCCGAGUACAUCAAAAUCUUGGUGACGAGCAGGCCAGAGAUUUCCGUUGCUGAUCUGAGACUAAGAGACAAUCAAAAGACGAACAUUGCGAAUGUUGAUGACAACAAUAACUCAGAUCUUGAACUUUAUUUUAAAGAACGUUUUCCAAGUUUAGUCGGCAGGAAAGUGGAUAAAAGUGAGAUGAGGGAUGAUUUCUAUGAGGAUCAUCCGUAUCUUUACCAUUUUGGCGGAAAUAAAACUGUUAGUUUACUUUCCAUUUUUGUUGCCAAAUGCCAGGGCUCAUUUCUCUAUGCAUAUCAUUUUCAAUCUGAGCUAAAGGCUCGCUAUGAUCUUGAAAAGAUAACAAAUAAUGACGUCAUGGAGUUUCUCCCAGAAGGACUGAAUUCUGUUUACGAACCAUAUUUUAAACGCCUUGAAGACGAGCUUAGCGCGAUAAAACAUGAAAAGUUUGAUGUGAUGAAAAUUUUGGCAAUGCUGGCUGCUUCCAUAGAAUCUCUUCCCCUCACUUUUGUCGCUCAGGCUUUUGGUUUAGCUCCAGAUUGUCGCGAAACGAAAGACAUCAUCAACAAAAUUAAUGAAACCGUAUCGUGUUUGUUGUACGUUUCAGAUGACAUGUUAACCGUUUUUCACAAAUCCGUUAUUGAUUGGUUUCUAGCUAAAUGCUACAAAGAUCACCAGUAUACUGUCAAGGUCGAUGAUGGAAAUAGAUCGCUUUGGCUUUUAUGUGAAAAGGUUUUUAAAGAAAUUAAAGAUAAAGGACUUGAGGUGAAGUUUACUAAUGACGUGAAAUACGCUCUGAAACAUGGUUUAAAACAUCUAGAAAAGUCUGAAAUGGAGGAAGGUGUGUUUUGGUCAGUUGAUUUUAUUAUCGUAUAUUAUAUGAUAACUGUAAACAAUUCUCGUGAAUUGCAGCAUUUCUGGCUCACAUUACUGAAAUGUUCCUGGAUUAAAAACGAAGAUUUACGCGCCUGCAUUUCGUACCAUGUCAUUGAAUUUGACUAUUUUCACUUGCGGCUCUUUAACAAAUAUUCAAUAAUUUCAACGAUUUCACAAUGGUAUUUACAAGCGGUUCUUACCCGUUCUCCAGAAGGUUAUUUGAGCGAUGAUGAGAGGAAAAUGGCGGAGACGCUACUAUCAAACCUUUCACCUUUUGUCGCGUCGAAUUCCUACGAAGUUUCGGUUUUGCCGCGAGCAGUCUGGAUAUCCGAUGACCUUUAUUGUAUUACAGCUGUUGCUUUAUCUAACGAUGAGAAAAGUGUAGCAGUUGGAGUAGAUAAUUUUAUCCAUGUGAUAUCCCUACCAACUUUAGUUGAAAUUAUGAGUUAUUCGACAAAAUUGGAAAGAAUUCAAUGCUGUACAUUUUCUCCAGACGAUUCGCUCAUAUUAUUUGGUGAACUGGAAACGGCGUUUAACAUUGCUGGGGGAAAGGAAGUCCCAUUUUUCCCUGGAAAUGAAGAGACGUUCCAGUCCUGUGCAUUUUCCCCUAACGGCAAAAGACUGGUGACUAACUAUGGUUCAAACACCAUUAAACUAUGGGACGUUGCUAAACAAAAACUCCUGUCGUCGCUUUGUGCUGGAUUUCGUGUUCGUUGGUGUUCUUUUAGCAUCACAGGGUUAUUUAUUAUUGCAAAUUCAGAAUCUUCAUCUUAUUCGGGAUAUUCGUUUUGUGUUUGGAACGCAAUCACAUUGCAAAGAAGUGAUAAGCGAAAAUCAUCUCACGGGGAUAGGGAGAAACCAGAUGUGUUAAAGAGUAGAAAAUGUGAACGAUGUUUUCAGCGGGGAUUUGAGCAAUCAAAUUUUAAACAGUUAGAAAUAAGGUCAAUUAAUAUAAAUGGUGGAAAAGGUUGUAUAAUUUCGUGUCCGUGGAUCUGCAAAGGUGUGGAGUGUAUUUUUUCUUCGGAAGAAUUUUGUUAUUCGAGUUACACAGAAAGUAUUCCUUUGACUGCGAUUGUUGCUUGGAACUAUCUUGAUGGUCUUCCUCGCUUUUUUUUCCGUGCAAUCCAAAUACCAACUUUAGAAGAUAAUCUGUGGCUCUAUUCAGAUAUUGCUAAAAUAAUUGUCGUUAAGACAUUAGCUCCUACACAAGAGCAUUCCUGUCUGUCCCGUCCAACGGAAGUUUAUUCAAGUUCGUUUUCUCCUGACGGCUCUCGACUUGCAUCCUGCAACUCAGAUGGAUAUAUCAACGUAUGGAAUGUCUAUACCAGCCAAGUUCAACAACGUUUCAAAAGCAGUCAAUGUGGGUUAAAGUUUUUAUGCUGGUGGUCGGAAGAUUUCUUGUUUGUGAUUAGUCAAUUUAUUGACGAGAUUCCCAAAUUAACGCGAUACCCGGUAGAUGAAAAUUUAGAGAUCGUGUUUACUCACAGUCAGGACGUGGCGCUAGACGACUUGUCUGAUUUCAGUCAUUCAAAGCCAAUUGGUUUUUCUGAAGGCUUUGUCAGCUUGGCUCUCGGAAGCUUCGAACCCGUGAAAGUUCUCGAUGUCAGAGAUGUUGAUGGUCCUGUAAUUUUCAAUUUGCCUGAUAUUGAGCCUAAGAUGGAAGUGGAAAUCUCGCCUGGUGGUGCCUUUAUCUCUGGUUGUAAUAAGAAUAAAUGUUAUAUUUGGAAAAGAAAUACCGAAUAUGAAGUCUUUUAUCACGAUGUAUUUAGCAAUGAUUCAGUCGCAGUAAGUUUCAGUAAUGACUCCAAAGUCGCGGUAGUCAUGCACUUUAUUGUUAAAAAGAGUCAGAUAAUUGAUCUGGACACUGGUGUAUCUCAAAAUAUAAUGUCUGGAUUCAAUUCUGCUCAUUCGGUAACCAGAUCAUUUUUUAUUCACAAGAGAGGAAUUGUAUUAAAUUUAUUUGAUAACCUGAUAAUAUUUCUUGACAUGGACUCUGGCGCGAUUCUCGACCAUUCCCCUCAACGAUACUUGAAGGUUUUUAAGUCAAGCCAAGGAAUUAAACUUUCCCCAAAAGAGGACGUGCUGGCUUUUCCUGACCACAAAGGCGAUAUGGUGUUUCUUCGACUGUCUAUUCCAGAAAAUCCUUUGUUGGACGAUAUUAAGCGACGGGCAGUUGCUUUGUUGGACGAUAUUAAACAACGACUUCCUUUGUUGGACGAUAUAAUUUAUUUAGCGAGAUUCAGUAGUCAAUUCUUUCUUUAACCCGAAUAAAUUCGUCUCGCGGAAAAGGUUUUUAGGAAAAUUUACACAAAGCUGUAUAUUUUCUUAAAUUUUCGGUUCCCCGCAGGUUGUUUAUACCCAUUAGAUGAGAAUAUCUUUGUUCUUAAAAAUAACUGAAGUGAACCCAUUCACACCAGAACGAAAACCAAUAGGAGAAGACUUUAUUUAUAAAGGCUUUGUUAUGAACGACAGAUGUUUUGGAAUUGAUUUUUCGGGCAGGAUAUUUCAUAAUGGAUUUAGUGAACAAUAGCAUGAAGAACUAUCAUUUCUUAAUGUUUCGGGCAACGGCUAGACUUUGCUUGGAGCUGGUCUAGAAUGGAGAAGUAAGACACCUCCUUUCCUCCGUUUGUCUGGGAGUUCACCUUGGGCAAGUGAUAGCACUCCCUUGCCUCCCUAACUGGGGUUACAGUUUAUUAAACAAAACAAAAAUGAUAUUUUGAAUACAUCUGAAAGAAACAAGUCUUUAAACAUUGUCACUGAUGCCAAUGGUGUUGUUCUAGAUGUUCAUUAUAGUAGGGCUGAUUGCAGUCAUGUUUGUGGUUAUAGUUCUCAUCUAUGAUGUUGGUGAUGGUGGCUGGUCUAUACGAUGGUGGUGAUGGUAAUUGCGCUGGUUAUGAAAUAAUGGUAGAAAUUAUAGUAAUUAAUAGUAACUGUAUUAUGGUCAAAACGUCUGAUGCUGAUGAAAAAGAAAGUUAUCGGAACUACAAGAACUAUGUAAAUUAUCGGGACAUUUUAUUAGCUGCACGGAAAGGAAGAUAUUUAAAGUCUGAAGGGGGAACUGGAAAAUUGUAAAAACUUGCGUGAAAUUUGAAUAAUAUUAUGUUCAAAACAAAAUAUUAUGUUCGAAACAUAUCUUUAAUGAAAAAUAUCUUUAAUCAUUAUCUUUAAUGCGUUCGACAUUGUGAAGUUAGAAAUCCUACAGAUGAUCAGUAUCAUAAUUUCAUGUACUCAAGCUUAGAUUUUUAUUUAACACUAUAGGUAGCUUAUUUGUAAACAAAUUAACAUCAAGUGGUAAAAUAGGAUUUUAUGACUUCGAACGUGCCUGGUCCACACAAGUACACAUGACAAGAAUACUGCUGAAUAUUUAAAUAUUUGCCUACUGCCAGCAUGUAAUUUGUAUAGAUUCCUAAUUUUGUAAUCUAUUUCAUGAUUUCACUCUGUUGUUGAAAUUCUUAUUUCGGUGUUUGUCUUACAUCCCUAAAGUUUUCUCGUGUAAUAUCAAAUUGCAGGUACCAGGGUGGUUAAAAACUAAUGGGACGACUAUGUUUUGCUACGUUAAAUGUACAUUGCUCUAGACAGUUUUUCAGAUUGUGGGGCAGGGAAUAUAUUCAUAAAUUAUAUUCGUCUUAUGCCCGGCUUCUUCUGUACACUAUUCUUCUUAAGGUUUAUAAACAUGAAUAUAUCAAUAUACACCCCUCCUCCCAAAUUAAGAGGUCUAGCUGCGGCUCUGACUGUACCCAGGGUCGUAGUUAGAAGUUUAAUUGGAGGGUGAUGUAUUUAGCAAACAGAUAUCAUUGAACCGUCGUGUGUUCAGUUAUGGAUGCACGGUAUGACGUCAUUUGUGAUAAGAACGAAAGAGUGGCCACGACCAUUGAGCUAUACUAUAAUUCCUGGAGGACGUGCUCUUGGCCAGAAAGUGAAGUAAGAAAGAUGUCGGAUUUUGAGCUUUGCCGACGCCACUUGCUUCCUUUGCUCAUGGCAGUUUCCACCGACAUACCUCGAUACAAAGUGAAAAGUUGGUCCGUCCCCCUCCUAGAUUCGAUGAAAAUAUUUUUUCGAAAAUAUUUUUUCGAGAAUAUUUUUCGCAUCACAUUUUUGGGUUUUUUUUCUUCUGUUCAAAAAAUUGAACGAGGAAGUGGCUUCUUGCUCAACCUGUACUAGAAAAAUAUCAGACCGAGGUCUUGACAGUACGGAACGAACGAUAGCGAGGUCCGUACAUAAAAAACGAGGUCUGAUGUUUUUCCAGUACGAACAGAACGUAUUCGGUUAAUAAGGGAUUUAUUAUAUCGCAUACAGUAUUUAGUUUAUUUAUUUAUAGAAUGCGCUGCAGUAUUCUUGCCGGCUCUUUCGCUAGCCAGUCGCCAAGCAAACACUGAAAUGGUUUCGAAAACUUUGUUUUUU